GAGCAGUAAAAUUUUGAAUUUCGUACGCUAAGUCAGCCGGAGGAGCAGUAAUCGAAAGGGAGCCAUGUUGGUCAAGGUCUUAAUGCUCGCAUUGCUCGCGGUCCUGAGCCAGGCGAAGCCCCAGCUGCUGGUCACGACGCCAGUGAGUUAUGCCACCGGAGCGGGAGGCGCUUGGUUGGCUCCUUCCUCCGCCGCCUACUAUCCGGCGUAUGCCAGCUAUCCGGCCUACGCGGCGUAUGCGUAUGCACCGGUUUAUGGCGCAUACGCCACGUAUCCCUACUAUUCGUAUCUAAGGCGAUGAGUCCAAUGCCUGUUGCUCUUGUCCUUUGUGCUGGCUAGUUUAAAUACUCAGUAAAAUUGUGGUUAUUCUAUACGGAGACAGGAGCAUUUUGGAAUGAUUUACAAAUAAUAUAUAUACACUAGAAAUGUAACACUUAUUUAAUGUAAGAAUAGAUACGAUUUAAGAUUUUCUUGUUGAACAUUAUUGUUACAACUUCUUUCGUGUAACCUAAAAUAAAGCAGUUUUUUUUAUUGUCAGCAA